GGUAUCUUUACUAACAACAUAUCUCCCUCCAGGAAUAUAUUUAGGCAGUUAGUCACAGAAUAUUUAAAAUGAAAAUGCGCGGGAUAUUUGUAUGUCUCGGCCUGGUUCUGGUGGCUGAUCUCGUUUCAGGAUUUAGCAGAGGAGCCCCAGCUUGUGUAAAGAAACCUGGACAUAAAGCUGAACCUCAAAAUUCAACCAGCCCCUACCAGAUCUAUUUGAGUAAGAAGAUGGAGAGGAAUGUGUUCUCUGGAACCUGGCUACUAACUGUAGGAUCUGAUGAAGAGUAUGCUCCGGAAUACAAGGGAAUCCUUAUUACGGCCCAGCAGUCAGGUGAUUUAAUCCCUGUUGAUUAUGAAAAGUUCAAAACCGUCUCCAGGAGCUGCGAUGGACUUCCCGCUUGGACACAUUCUGCGUCAUGGAGUGGCGAGGAGAACCUAGAGAAGAAGAAGAGUGAAUGGGAGUUUACUCCAGCUGAAGGAACCACCGAGGAACCAUCUUUCAGAAUACAUAUUGUCCAGGAUUACAGAACAUUCUGGGUUGAUAUCCUGGUUACCCCCUCCACCCACCAAGGAGAAGAUGUUGAAAGAUUUGCUCCAGUUACUGAAGGAUCAGAGGUUUAUGAUUUCAGCGGAGAACGAGAGCUGAGUGGAGAACCAGGACUAAAUGGAGACCCAGAAUUGAAUGGAGAAUUCAGUGGAGAUGGAGAACAGUUGGAAGUAGCGAACUAAAUGGAGAAGAUUAUUUGGGAAUAUAUCCAAUACAAACGUUUGCGUGAAUUAUAAAAUUGUUGUUUAUAUACGAAAUAUCUUUCGAUUGGAAAUGACUGCUCAUUUUAGGACUGAAAUUGCAGCUUCUUUUAGAGGUUUCAGGCACCAUUUAUAAUUAUGGUUUAACUCAUACAUAUAUCCCAACAGCUAUUAAACGAUUUUUAGACAAAUUUGAUGCAUAAAAUGCAUAAUGCAUAAAAAUAUAGUUUAUUACACAUUUUUUUAUUUCAAGUAAUUAUUUUUUAUAUUGGCUCCAAAAUUGGGGGGAAAAUGUCUAAAUUAUAUUAAUACCGUAAAAUUGUUCAGAUAAAUAGUGUCACAAUUGUUUUAAAAAUUUCGAAACUAAAAUUAUAUUUUUGGUUUAUGCUGAUUUGACAAAACCAAAACAGCAAAAGACAACAAAAAUCUGCUCUUCAUUCCAUUAUUCAGGACAUUAUUUUAUUUGUUACCCUAUAUACUCUACAUCAUAUAUACCAAGUGACGAUGAUUAAAUAAAUGAUUAAAAUU